CUUGCUCUCGUAGUUCAACAAAAAAUCUUUGUAACGGAUAUUUUUUCUCAAACCUCUUCAAUUUUCCAUUUCUUGUUAACGAAGGAAGCCAAAAAAGAAUCAUGGCUGAUUCGUCCGUCAUGAAGAUGACAGUGAAGACCAUGCCGGCGUCAGAUUUAGCUUUCACAAACCUCGCAUAUUGUUCUCCGUCUGAUCUCCAUAGCUUCGCCGUUCCCGGAAGCACCGAUCUCUUCCUAGCUAUUGUCGGGGAAGUCUUCGUUUUAUCAUUCUCAUAUCCUUUUUCACUCACCUACGAUUUUGAUCGUUUUAAUAUUUCUGAUGGAAGUAUUGCUCUGAAUUCUAUUCAACGACGACAUGCUAGAGUUUCUGCUGGUGACAAUGUUUAUGUAACAAGAUUUAUUCCUCCUGAAAACUUUGACUUGACUGUUCUGACAGUUGACUUAGAAUUUGUAAGAAAAGGGACUAAAAACGAACAGAUUGAUGCUACUCUCCUCUCAACCCAACUGAAGAAGAAAUUCAUUAAUCAGGUCUUGACAGUAAGCCAGAAAGUUACAUUUGAGUAUCAUGGAACUAAUUACAUUCUCACGGUCAAUCGAGCAGUUAUUGAGGCUGAUGAGAACCAAACUAAUGGUAUCGAAAGAGGGAUGAUCGGUAACGAUACAUAUUUCGUGUUUGAAGCAUCAAAUGCAAGUGGCAUAAAGAUUGUGAACCAACGAGAAUCUGCUACAAGCAAGAUAUUUAAAGAAAAGGAGUUUAACCUUCUGUCGUUGGGGAUAGGUGGUUUAGGUGCAGAGUUUAUUGCUAUAUUUCGAAGAGCUUUUACUUCUCGUUUACUUCCUCGCGAUGUCGUGAACAGACUUGGGACAAAACACGUUAAAGGGAUGCUUCUUUUUGGACCUCCCGGUACUGGCAAGACCUUGAUGGCACGCCAAAUUGGAAAAAUGCUCAAUGGAAAGGAGCCAAAGAUCGUGAAUGGUCCUGAAGUGCUAAGCAAGUAUGUCGGCGAGACAGAAAAGAAUGUAAGAGACUUGUUUGCUGAUGCUGAAAAUGACCAGAGAACACUUGGUGAUGCUAGUGAGCUACAUGUCAUUAUUUUCGAUGAAAUUGAUGCUAUUUGUAAGUCAAGAGGGUCAACCAGGGAUGGGACAGGUGUCCAUGAUGGUAUUGUAAACCAGCUCCUGACAAAGAUAGAUGGUGUCGAGGCUUUGAACAAUGUUUUACUAAUUGGAAUGACAAAUAGAAAAGAUAUGCUUGAUGAAGCUCUUUUAAGGCCUGGAAGACUAGAGGUUCAUAUUGAGAUUAGCCUUCCCGAUGAAGUUGGUCGUUUACAAAUUCUUCAGAUUCAUACAAAGAAAAUGAAGGAUAAUUCAUUUCUUUCUCCUGAUGUCAAUCUCCAAGAACUUGCUGCUAGGACAAAGAACUACAGUGGUGCUGAGCUUGAAGGUGUUGUUAAAAGUGGAACAUCAUAUGCUUUGAAUAGACAAUUGAGCUUGGAAGAUUUAACAAAGGCAGUGGAUGAAGAAAAUAUUAAAAUUACUAUGGAUGAUUUUCUUCAAGCAUUACUUGAAGUUAAGCCUGCAUUUGGAUCCGCUUCAAAAGACCUUGAUCUCUGCAGACCUACGGGAUUUGUGGACUGUGGUGAUCGGCAAAAGCUCAUCUACGAAAGAGUCAUGUUUCUUGUCAAGCAAGUUAAAGUCAACAAAAGAAGUCCGCUCACUUGCCUUCUUCAUGGACCUAAUGGAAGUGGGAAAACAGCGUUGGCUGCGACCAUUGCUAUCGACAGUGACUUCCCAUAUGUCAAAAUAGUCUCUGCAGAGGCUAUGAAUGGCCUUCAUGAGAGCAAAAAAUGCGCACACAUUACCAAGGUUUUUGAAGAUGCAUACAAAUCACCACUGAGCAUAGUUAUCCUUGAUGAUAUUGAAAGGUUGUUGGGGUACACGGCAAUUGGACCGCGAUUUUCAGACGAAAUUCUUCAAACAUUGUUGACUUGUCUCAAAAAGUCUCCUAGGGGAAGCAAACUUCUUGUACUUGGUACAACAAGUGAAGUAACGUUCUUAAAAUCUGUUGGUUUGUGUAAAGCAUUCGCUGCUAUGUACCCUGUUCCAUUAUUGAGUUCAGAGGAUGCAAAUAAGGUGCUGAAGCAACUAAACGUGUUCUCAGAAAAUGAUAUCGAAGAAGUUUCCAAAGCCCUUGAUGGUAUUCCAAUUAAGCAGCUUUACCUUCUUAUGGAGAUGGCAGCUCAAAGAGAUGGCAGGUCUGAAGAGCCAGUCUACACCAGGAAGGAGAAACUCGACAUCACUCAUUUCUGGAUUGUCUUCAGGAACUUACAUCUGAAAUCUUCCUCUUCGUCGAUCUUCCCAUUCACUAUAACAUUCCUUGUUCUCUUCACCGGAAACUCACUCGCCGGAGAACUACGUCCUUCCGAUCAUGGCUUACAGUAUCAAUUCAGCUCACCACCGACUGAAUCUCACUCACCUCCGGGAAAAAUGAAGUCCUUCUUCGGAGAUUCUCAUUCUUCUCCACCUCCUUCUCACUCUCAGCUCCUCCCUAAAGCUACGGCGGCAGACGGCGGAGACGAUGAUUCUUGGUGGCGAGACGGAGCUGGUUACAGACGUGAUCACGUGAUGAGGCACGUGUUUCUUGCGGCGAGUAUCAUCUGCGGCGUCUCCGGCGUUGCGCUUCUGGUGGUUUUUACUUUGAUUUAUUUCUUUAGGUAUCGGAAACAUAAUCAUUCGAACUCACCCACCGGUAACGAUUCAAAAGAAAUUCGAUUUUGAUUAUUAUUAUUCUUAGAUUUAAAAUUUUAAAUGUAAUCUUUCAUUAUAUAAUUUUCAACUGAUCUUUACUUUGUAUAAAUUAAUUGUUUUUAU